GGCGGGAGCCAUGGGCCGCUAGGGCCCCGCCGAGCCCCGCGAUGCCGCCGCCGAGUGGCCCCAGCGUCCUCGCGCGGCUGCUGCCGCUGCUGGGGCUGCUGCUCGGCGGCGCCUCCCGGGCUCCCGGCAAGUCGCCGCCGGAGCCCCCCAGCCCGCAGGAGAUCCUGAUCAAGGUGCAGGUGUAUGUGAGCGGGGAGCUGGUGCCCUUGGCCCGGGCCUCAGUGGAUGUGUUUGGGAACCGGAUGCUGCUUGCCGCUGGCACCACGGACUCAGAGGGCGUGGCCAUACUGCCCCUCAGCUACCGUUUGGGCACCUGGGUGCUGGUCACUGCUGCUCGCCCUGGCUUUCUCACCAACUCUGUGCCCUGGCGUGUUGACAAGCUGCCCUUGUAUGCAUCAGUCAGCCUCUACCUGCUUCCCGAGCGGCCGGCCACCCUCAUCCUCUAUGAGGACCUGGUGCACAUCCUCUUGGGCUCUCCUGGUGCCCGCUCCCAGCCGUGGGUGCAGUUCCAGCGCCGGGCUGCCCGCCUGCCGGUCAGCUCUACCUACAGCCAGCUCUGGGCCUCGCUCACACCCGCCAGCACCCAGCAGGAAAUGCGUGCUUUCCCUGCCUUCCUGGGCACCGAGGCCUCCAGCUCAGGCAAUGGCUCCUGGCUGGAGCUGAUGCCGCUGGCUGCUGUCAGCGUGCACCUACUAACAGGCAACGGAACAGAAGUGCCACUCUCAGGCCCCAUUCACCUGUCCCUGCCCGUGCCCUCCGAGCCUCGUGCCCUUACUGCGGGCACCAGCAUUCCAGCCUGGAGGUUCGACCCCAAGAGUGGGCUGUGGGUACGCAACGGCACUGGUGUGAUCCGGAAGGAAGGCCGGCAGCUCUACUGGACUUUCAUUUCCCCCCAGCUGGGGUACUGGGCAGCUGCCAUGGCUUCCCCCACCACUGGACUGGUCACCAUCACAUCAGGCAUCCAGGACAUUGGCACCUACCACACCAUCUUUCUGCUCACCAUCCUGGCAGCGCUGGCCCUGCUGGUGCUCAUUCUGCUGUGUCUGCUCAUCUACUACUGCCGGAGACGCUGCCUGAAGCCGAGGCAACAGCACCGCAAGCUGCAGCUGUCCGGGCCCUCUGAUGGUAACAAACGAGACCAGGCCACCUCGAUGUCCCAGCUCCACCUCAUUUGUGGGGGACCCUUGGAGCCCGCCUCGUCGGGAGACCCUGAGGCUCCGCCCCCAGGCCCCCUGCACUCGGCCUUCUCCAGCUCUCGGGACUUGGCCGCCUCCCGAGACGACUUCUUCCGCGCCAAGCCGCGCUCCGCCAGCCGCCCGGCAGCCGAGCCUGGGGGCGCCCGCGGGGGCGAGGGCGCGGGGCUCAAGGGCGCCCGCUCCGUCGAGGGUCCCGGCGGGCUGGAGCCAGGCCUAGAGGAGUACCGGCGGGGGGGCUCGGCGACCCCCGCCUUCCUGCAGGAGCCGCCCUCUCCGCCGCCGCCCUUCGAGCACUACCUGGGCCACAAGGGAGCAGCCGAGAGCAAGCCCCCCGACUUCCUCCUGUCGCAGUCGGUGGACCAGCUGGCGCGGCCGCCGUCGCUCAGCCAGGCCGGGCAGCUCAUCUUCUGCGGCUCCAUCGACCACCUCAAGGACAGCGUCUACCGCAACGUCAUGCCCACCCUGGUGAUUCCCGCGCACUACGUACGCCUCGGCGGCGAGGCGGGCGCAGCGGGGGCGGGCGACGAGCCAGCCCCGCCCGAGGGCACGGGCCCCGGCCCCGCGCGCCCUUUCCCCCCGCCCGACCCCCAGCGCCCGCUGAUGCAGGGCCACUCGAGCGCGGGCGGCGAGGGCGGCGGGGGCGGCGGCGGCGAGGGCUGGGGGGGCGGGCGCUCGGCGCCGGUCAGUGGCUCGGUCACCAUCCCGGUGCUGUUCAACGAGUCCACCAUGGCGCAGCUCAACGGGGAGCUGCAGGCGCUGACCGAGAAGAAGCUGCUCGAACUGGGCGUGAAGCCUCACCCGCGCGCCUGGUUUGUGUCCCUGGACGGGCGCUCCAACUCGCAAGUGCGCCACUCCUACAUCGACCUGCAGGCGGGCGGGGGCGGCCGCAGCACCGACGCCAGCCUGGACUCGGGCGUCGACGUCCACGAGGCGCGGCCUGCGCGCCGGCGGCCCCUGCGCGAGGAGCGGGAGCGGGAGCGGACCCCGUCCGCCGCCCCGCCGCCA